AUGAGUCUUCUUAUAGCACGAAGUAGGAAGAGUGUUACAAACAUUCUAAGACGCAGUAUACCAAGAUCUGUACCUGUGUUGAGAAGAGCUUUUCAUUCGUCCCCGUAUUUUCUACAGAAGAAUAAAGAGUCUGAUGACUACGAGGCUCAAUUAAAGAAAGUGAGACAGAAGUUUGAGAAAAUGUUCAAAAGCCAAGAUCUACCGGCUACGACUCUUCCCGAAAUACAGCUUCCCAUUGAUCCCUUUGAUAUAAGAUACCUCGAUAGAAUGUCAGUUGUUUAUGAAUUUAUGUUGCGAGAAUUUGAGAGAAAAUGUGACGAUUUCGAAAAAUCCGGUGGGAUUAUAAUGUUGGAGGACAACUUAGCCGAAAAAGAGGUAAAGGAUAUCCAGGAUUCAUUUAUUAAACUGCAUCCUAAUUUUCUGCCAUUGACUAAGGAUGAGAUAUUGCAAACGGUUCGUAUCUAUUAUGUUUUGUCAAAUAAUUUGGAGUACUUGGAUCAGUUGAAAUUCAGCAAUAUGGAUGUGCAGAAAUUAUUAACUGCAUUUGACAAAGCAACAACUGAAACUCAAGACUUGAACCCUUCAGAUGUUGCACGUGAAAUGAAUCUCAACAGCAAAUCCGUGCAACUUUGGUUCAAAAUUUUCAACACACUUCUUUCAACACCUUUCGCAGUUGAUGGGAAAAGAACAUUUGCACUUUGCCCCAAUGAGUAUCAAAUCAUCAAUGAUUUUCAAAAGCUUAAACAAGUAUUGAAGCAAAGACAUAACAGUAAUGAUAUAUUCUCUACUUUUUUUAAACAGGCAAAUGAAAACAACAAGAAUCAAAAAAAGGGAAACAAAAAGGAGAAAGGACCAAUUAACAUUGAGGUUGAGUUUACUCCCAAACAAAUUGCUCAAGCAGUUGCUGUAAUACUACUUGUUGUAUUUUUUGUGUCUUAUACCGGUGGUGACAACGGCAAGGAGAUUACAUUUCAGGACUUUGUUGCCAAUUAUUUGAGUAAAAACAUGGUCUCCAAGGUUGUUGUGGUAAACAAUUCUGUUGCAUAUUUGGAAUUGAAUGAAAACGGCUUACGUCAAAAUCACACUGACAAGUUGCACUUCAGCAUAGGUUCGGUGGAAACCUUCGAACGCAAUUUGAGGGAAGCACAAGACAAGUACAAUAUUCUUCCACAAAUGAGAGUUCCUGUUGUAUACACAACUAAAGGGAACACUACCAAGUUUUUGAUUAAUUUUUUGCCAACUGUCUUAUUUUUGGGUGCAAUUUAUUGGAUGACAAAAAAGGCUGCUUCAUCAAUGGGUGGAAUGGGACCUAUGGGUUUUGGAAAAUCCACUGCAAAGAAGUUUAACCAAGAAACGGAUGUCAAAACCAAGUUCAAGGAUGUUGCAGGUAUGGCGGAGGCAAAACAAGAAGUCACCGAGUUUGUGAGCUUUUUGCAAAAUCCCGAAAAAUAUGAAAAACUUGGUGCAAAAAUCCCUCGCGGUGCUAUUCUUUCAGGUCCUCCGGGAACAGGUAAAACAUUACUCGCUAAAGCCACAGCUGGUGAAGCUGGUGUUCCGUUUUAUUCUGUUUCUGGUUCGGAAUUUGUUGAAAUGUUUGUUGGUGUAGGUGCCUCACGUGUACGUGAUUUGUUCAAAACUGCAAGAGAAAAUGCUCCAUCGAUUGUGUUUGUUGAUGAAAUUGAUGCAAUUGGUAAGCAAAGAUCAAAGGGAAAUGCAACAGGCGCCAACGAUGAGAGAGAAACUACAUUGAAUCAAUUAUUGGUUGAAAUGGACGGAUUUGACAGUACUGACCAUGUUGUUGUAUUGGCCGGUACAAAUAGACCUGAUAUCUUAGAUAGGGCGUUAUUGAGACCUGGAAGAUUCGAUAGACAUAUUCAUAUUGAUAAUCCAGAAUUGCAAGGAAGAAAAGAAAUCUUUGAUGUUCAUUUGAGAAAGAUCACUUUGGAAAAAGACGUUGAUCGUGAUUUAUCAGGUAGGUUAGCAGCUUUGACGCCUGGAUUUUCCGGUGCUGACAUUGCCAAUGUUUGUAAUGAAGCUGCUUUGAUUGCUGCUAGAUACAAUGCUAGUGCAGUUACUUUAAGACACUUUGAAUUGGCUAUCGAAAGAGUCAUUGGUGGAGUUGAAAAGAAAUCAAAGUUGUUGAACCCAGAGGAACAAAGAAUUGUUGCAUUUCACGAAGCAGGGCAUGCCAUUUGUGGAUGGUUUUUGAAGCAUGCACAUCCAUUGUUGAAAGUAUCAAUCAUUCCUAGAGGAAAAGGUACUUUGGGUUAUGCUCAAUAUUUACCCCCCGAUCAAUACUUGAUGUCAACCGUACAAUUAUACGACAGGAUGAUUAUGACCCUUGGUGGUAGAGUUUCAGAAGAGUUGCAUUUUGCAUCAGUGACUGGAGGUGCUCAUGAUGAUUUUAAAAAGGUUACCAAUAUUGCCCAGUCAAUGGUGUUACGAUUUGGAAUGUCUCCAAAAAUAGGUAUGGUUAAUUAUUAUGACACUAGGUCGCAAGACGAUUUGACCAAGCCUUUUAGUGAAGAGACCAGUAGAGAAAUUGACGCCGAGGUUAAAAGGAUUGUACAAGAAUGUCAUGAUAAAUGUAAGCAGUUGUUGACGGAAAAGGCAAAUGAAGUGAAGUUGGUGGCUGAAGAAUUGUUGAAGAAAGAGUUCAUCACUAGAGAGGAUAUGAUUAGAUUAUUGGGUAAAAGGCCAUUCCCUGAGACUAAUGACGCCUUUGACAAGUAUCUUGAUGGGAAAGAUGCAUUUAAGAAUGUAAAACCGGAGAAUGAAAAGAAGGACAAUGAGAAGGAAAAAGAAGAGAGAAAGGAGGAUGAUGGAGAAAAGAACUAA